GUCUGAACGGAAGUUGGUCCGCGGCGGCGACCUUGGCUGUCUGAGAGCGAGCAUGGCGAAUAAAGAGCCGAGCAGGUUCCUUCAGCAGUUGAGGGACAUCGCCAGUCGCAUGUCCUCUGGCUCAAGGGGAGCAGGGUUGGGACUGAAGUUACUCAUUGGUGCUGGUGCACUUGCCUAUGGAGUCAAAGAAGCCACAUAUACAGUGGAAGGUGGUCAGCGGGCAAUCAUCUUUAACAGAAUUGGUGGAAUGCAGAUGGACACCGUACUGGCUGAGGGGCUUCACUUUAGGAUGCCAUGGUUUCAAUACCCCAUUAUAUAUGAUAUCAGAGCCAAACCACGGAAGAUUUCCUCUUUGACUGGAAGUAAAGACCUUCAAAUGGUGAACAUUGCCCUGCGUGUGUUGUCACGACCUGUGGCCUCGAACCUCCCUUACAUGUACCAGCAGCUGGGAAAGGACUAUGAUGAACGUGUGCUCCCCUCCAUUGUUAAUGAGGUCCUCAAGAGUGUGGUAGCCAAAUUCAACGCCUCCCAGCUUAUCACGCAAAGAGCUCAGGUUUCUUUGCUGAUUCGUCGAGAGCUGUUUGAGCGGGCUAAGGACUUCAACAUCAUUCUGGACGAUGUGGCUAUCACAGAGUUGAGCUUCAGUAAAGAGUAUACAGCAGCUGUGGAGGCCAAACAAGUUGCCCAGCAGGAGGCUCAGAGAGCUCAGUUCUUUGUUGAGAAAGCCAAACAAGAACAGAAGCAGAAAAUCAUCCAAGCUGAAGGAGAAGCCCAAGCAGCCAAAAUGUUAGGAGAGGCGGUUACGAAGAAUCCUGGAUACCUAAAACUCAGACGAAUCCGAGCCGCUCAGAACAUCGCCAAAACGGUUGCAGCCUCCCAGAACAGAGUUUACCUGAAUGCAGACAGUCUAGUCCUGAACCUUCAGGAUGACUCUUUUAACAAAUUGUCGCUUGGAAAGAAGUAAGCUGUGCAGAGAGCACUUUCGUUGAGUGUGGAGGUUCUGCCUGCAGCAACCAGGAGCAUGUUCUUAAGGUGCCAGUUUCUGAUUAUAUUUCAGAGUGCUUACCAACCCAGGAAAGACUCUGAAUGGCUGCUGUAUGUUUCUGGUAAUAACCCUAAUCUUCACAUGCAUUUGUCAGUUCAAAUUCUUUACUGGUUUGUGUAGUCAACACAUCCACUGUUGAGUCUCAUGUUCAUUUUCAGUAAGAUGAAGUGUGCUACUGUACAUAAAUAUGUUUGUAAAUUCUAUGCAACAUUCAGAUCUGUCAUGGAAAUCGUAUUUAAUUAUUUUUCUCUCUAUUAUGCUGAUUGUUGCUGUUGAUGUGAAAGGUGACAUGUCUUUUAGUGAUGGUUCAUGCGAUCAAGGCUGACUGAAAAAUGAAAAAUCCAUCCAUUCUCUGAAGGAUGACAACUUUGCUGUACUGCUAUGGCCCAUCUAUUGGUGUAUGUAACUUAGCUCUGAAAGGACAGCAAAAUAAAGCCUUUUCUAUUUCAAACCA